AUGGAGUACCUAGAUAAUCUCUUGAACAGGAAGAUUGAGCGGGAGCGGCUCAGCGCGGGCGGUAUUGACGCGUCGUCAUCGUCUGCAGCUUCGGCUGCCGGAACUAGCGGCAAAGAUGUUGAAGGACCGGGCACUACUGGGGAUAGGCAGCUCAAGUCUGCGGCACCGCGACUGUGUUGGCUCUGCAACCGAACAAGUCCCUUGCGCUUCCGUUUACAAGGAGGUAUCCACCUCUGCUUUACUUGCUUCCGGGCGUCGUACUUGUCGCUGCUUCUCCCCAUCAUCAACACACCUGCCAGGCGCGCGAGUGACGCGAGAUUCUUGAAGCUGAUUGGCAGCAUUGAGAAUGAGAGAGCAGUGUCCAUGUCGUCUCCAACUGAGGAGUUACUCGCCAGCAUGUACGGCGAGGUAAUUGAGCCACAACAGGCAUCGUUCGUGAUGAGCUCGUCCAUGAUGCGGCUGCGGCGAGAGGAGGAGGAGAGGCGCCUACUGUCGGCGACGCAGCGCCCUCACAGCGGUGGUGCCGCCAGCUUCACGAAGAGCUUCAAAUCCUUUUGGAAUUGUCCCCUGUGUACCUUCCUGAACGCGGCCGUCGCGCGCGAGUGCGAGGCGUGCGGGUUCGUUAAUCCGGGCGAGGUCACCUGCCCCGUCUGCAAGGCUCGCUGCUCCCUCGGCAUGAUAAGCACCUCGUCGCCCGAGGAGAACCCCGCCAGCAGGUGCAAGACCGGCGAGCCUCAUUGCAUCUGGAACUGCCGCGAGUGCGGCGGGCUCAACACCCUCGACGGUGACCGCUGCACGUCGUGCCGCCAGCCGCGCUACUGGGCAUGCUCGCAGUGCACGGCACUGCACCACAUGGCGCGUGGCGAGGAUGGCUUGCGCUACUGUCCCACCUGCGGCGCCUACAACACCCCGGGUGACAUCUUGGUUGGUCAGGCAAAGAUCGACCAAGAGACCAAGUAUGUGGGUAUGGUGGCGAGGCAGCAGAGUGCGGCGCAGCGGCGCAAGGGCGGCAACAAGGAUCAUGACCACAACCGCGGUGACUCACGGGCUGCAGCAGGCGGUGCUGCCGAGGCGAAAGCCGACGACCAAAUUGUCUUCGGUGUUAACGACGCCCAUACGCUGGAGGAGCUGGAGCGGCAGAAGCAAAUCGCAAACAAUGAAAAACGGCUGCUUUCCCGCCUGAACCAGUUGAACAUUUCCCGAAACCUGCAGAAGACGGACGGCAACUGCCUCUUCAGUGCUCUGGCGAACCAGCUCUUUGGGCAGCCACGGCUGCAUUACCUCGUCCGCUCUCUCGCUACCGCGUACAUGAGCGAGCACCCAGAAGACUACGCCAUCCUCUUCGACGGCGCGGCGGAGUGGAAGAAGUACCUGACAACGAUGAAGGAGCAGGGAACCUGGGGUGAUGAGCUAUGCCUCAACGCUGCCGCCCGUUGCUUUCGGGUUAACAUCCACGUCAUCACGAGCGACCAGGAGCGCUGGCACAUUGUGUUCCAGCACGACCAGCUAGGGCGCACGCGCACGAUUCGCAGCGACGAGGCUGCGAGGGAGACCAGCAUGGCGCAGACUUUUACCACGUAUGAAGGUGUGUCGCUGUUUCUCGCCUACCUUUCCCCAGUGCAUUACGACGACAUCACCCCCUCACCUGUGGCACACCUCCAGCUUGGCGAGUUGCUCAGCGGGGAGCUGAACAAGCGCAUGAAGCGCAAUCAGACGACACACAGUCCCAGUGAAAGUGGUAGCAGCACUCCGGCAUCAGCAUCAGCAGGCCCCAGCGGCGGAGUCCGCUGGGCAGAUGCUUCCAACUUUUCACACCUGCCUUCCCAUCUGCUUCCCGCGCCUCCGGCUAAACUGCGCACGAAGUCGUCUGAUGACAUUGUGAAGUCGUGCCUGGAGUCAUCGAGCGUGCCAAACACGGCGAUACCCCAGGUGCCACGCUCGCGCCCGCAUUCCUGCAAGCCGAACAAAUACAAGAGUUCGGAGCCGCCGUCGCCGGCUAGCUUACACAGCUUGCCUAACGAGUACACAUGCUAG